ACGUCGGCGACGGAAGCUCGGUGGUUGCUUUGUCCCUAAUGGAAUACAAUAAAGUAUUAGAGUGACAUUUAAUGAAAUCUAAUUCUAAGCUUUAAGAUAUGUUGUAUAAUCGGUUUACAUCGUCAAAAAGAACAAACAGAGACGUGGGCCUAAGACUGGAAUUUAAAACCCCGAGUUCCCCUUAAACCAGUCCAGACCUGCCCUUUAACUGAGCCUGCUCCUCCGCCAUGUAUCCACUGUCGGCGUAACACAACAGACCCUCAGCUCCACAUAUCCUGCGCGUCCUUCUCUGUCCGCCUGCCCGUUCCAGUCCCCUUGCCAUGCCCCGGGUCAGCUCGCUUCUGCCUGCCCUGCUGUGUGUUCUCCUGGCGGGCCUGAGCCGGGGGUACUUCCCUGAGGAGCGCUGGAGCCCCGAGUCUCCGCUCCUCGCUCCCCGGGUCGUCAUCGCGCUGGUCUGCCGCAACUCUGCGCACAGUCUGCCGCUCUUCCUGGGAACCAUCGAGCGCCUCAACUACCCAAAGGACCGCAUUGCUCUGUGGGUGGCGACAGAUCACAACAUCGAUAACACCUCGGCUAUCCUGAGGGACUGGCUCAUCAAGGUGCAGAAUGAAUAUCACUAUGUUGAGUGGAGGCCUGAGGAUGAACCCAGUGCCUUUGAAGACGAGGUGGGGCCUAAGCACUGGAAUAAUCUCCGUUAUGAACAUGUGAUGAAGCUCCGUCAGGCAGCGCUGGAGACCGCCCGUGAGAUCUGGGCGGACUACCUCCUGGUGGCUGACUGCGACAACCUGCUCACCAACCGGGAUGUGUUGUGGAAACUGAUGAGAGAGAAUAAGACUAUCAUCGCGCCCAUGCUGGAGUCCAGAGCUGCCUACUCCAACUUCUGGUGCGGCAUGACUUCACAGGGUUACUACAAACGCACAGCAGCCUACAUGCCCUUCCGUAAGCAAGAGCGACGCGGCUGUUUUGCUGUCCCGAUGGUUCACUCCACCUACCUCGUGGACCUGCAGAAAGAAGCCUCCAGUCAGCUGGCUUUUUAUCCCCCACACCCCGAGUACAGCUGGACCCUGGAUGAUGUCAUCGUCUUUGCGUACUCUGCUCGCAUGGCAGAUGUGCAGAUGUACGUGUGCAACAAAGAGACAUACGGGUACUUACCUGUUCCUAUGCGUUCCCACGCGACUCUGCAGGACGAGGCUGAGAGCUUCUUGCACACUCAGCUUGAGGUCAUGGUGAGAAAUCCUCCGUUGGAGCCCUCCAGCUUCCUGUCUCUUCCUCCCAAGCAGCCUACAAAGAUUGGCUUUGAUGAGGUGUUUAUGAUCAAUCUGGUGCGGAGAGCUGACCGCCGGGAGCGAAUGCUAAGAGCUCUGUACGAGCAGGAGCUCAGCUGCAAGGUUUUUGCUGCCGUGGAUGGCAAAGCUUUGAACACGACUGAGAUAGACGCUAUGGGGAUUAAGAUGAUGCCGGGAUACAAAGACCCUUAUCAUGGCCGCCCUCUCACUAAGGGGGAACUGGGAUGCUUCCUCUCUCACUACAACAUCUGGAAGGAGAUCGUGGAUCGGGGUCUGCAGACCUCUCUGGUCAUCGAGGACGACCUCCGCUUCGAGGUGUUCUUCAAACGACGCCUCCAGGCUCUGCUGCAGGAGGUGACGACACACAAGCUGGACUGGGAUCUCAUCUACAUCGGGCGAAAGCGAAUGCAGGUGGACCACCGAGAGACCUCUGUGCCAAACAUCCACAACCUGGUGGAGGCAGAUUACUCGUACUGGACCCUAGGCUACAUGUUGUCACUACAAGGAGCCAAGAAACUGAUGAGGGCCGACCCUCUUACAAAGAUGCUUCCUGUCGAUGAGUUCCUCCCCGUCAUGUACGACAAACAUCCGAUCUCAGAGUACAUGGAUCACUUUGAGAAGCGGGACCUGCAAGCCUUCUCUGCCGAGCCGCUUCUGGUGUACCCGACGCAUUACACUGGUGACACAGGCUACAUCAGCGACACGGAGACAUCGGUGGUCUGGGACAAUGAGACCGUCAAUACUGACUGGGACCGAGCCAAGUCGAGGAAAACUCAGGAGCAAGGGGAGCUGAGCUUCGAGGCCCAGAACUCUGACGUACUCCAGUCCGAGCUGGAGAACUGGAGUGCACGAGAAGAGCUGUGACAGAGAGCAGAGAGGACACGAGGAGGAGAGGCGGAGAUAAGUGUGGCACACCGAGAUAAGGAUGAGGACAAUAGAACAAAGCUGUGAUAGUGAGAGGAAGGGGAGAGUGGAGGGAAUACAGCAGGAUGCAGGGGAGCAGGGAGGUAAGGCUGCAGAUGUACACAGUGAGGAGGAGGGUUUCAUCUUUCUCCAAAGAGAGGAGGUGACAUUUAGAGUUAACUCUUGAAGAGUCAGCUAGCAGCUUCUGUUUUAUUUAUUGCAUACUGAGCACAUCCUUUGACCACAGCAUGGUCCAUAAUAAUAAUAGUUUCAUCUUUUAAAUAAUAAUUUGCUCAAACUAGGGGUUGACUGAUUAUCCAGCAUUUUAUUUUACUGAUGGCUGAUAAAAGUGGGCUUCUUUGGCUUUGCUGCCCAUAUGUUUGGCCCUUUGGGUCUGUUUUCAGUAACCUAAAGCCCCGCCUACAACACGAUCUGAUUGGCUGGACGUCACAUGACUGUGUGAUGUAACUGUACUGAAAGUGUAACUAGUUAACUCCUGCAAAAGACAUUCAAAUCAAGUGUUGUGUUGGAGUUUGUAAUAUUCCAAACUGUAAAUUUUGACAUAGUUAUUCUAUUCCACCUUAAGUGCAUAUCAGUCAUUGGUCACAUGAACUACUAAGCAUCGGUAUGAGCAUUAAAAAAAUGACAGUAUCACCCCAACUACCAGUCAAAGUUUGGACACACCUUCUCAUUCAAGGGUUUGUAUUUAUUUUAAUGAUUUUAAACACUGUAGAUUAAUACUGAAGACAUCCAAACUAUAAAAAAACAUAUAUGGAAUUAUUGAAUGAACUAAAAGUGUUAAACAAAGCAGAAUCUGUUUUAUAUUUUAGAUUCUGUAAAGUAGCCCCCUUUUCCCUUCAUGACAGCUUUGCACACUCUUGGUAUUCUCUCAGUCUGCUUCAUGAAGUGGUCUCCUGGAAUGGUUUCUAAUGAACAUGAGCCUUGUCAAGAGUUCAUUUGUAGAAUGACUUGCCUUCUUAAUGUGUUUGAGACCAUCAGUUGUGUUGUUCAGAGGUAGGGUUAGUACACAAUGGAUAGCCCUAUUUGACUACUGUUGUAAUCCAGAUUAUGUUAAACCCAGAUUAUUUCAUAGUUUUGAUGUCUUCAGUAUUAAUCUACAAUGUUGAAAAUAAUUAAAAUAAAUAAAAACAAUGAAUGAGAAGGUGUGAACAAACUUCUGUCUGGUAGUGUGCAUCCAAAAGUGGAAAAGUAAGCUAACUUCAAAGUGACUCCAAAGACUCCUUGUUACAUUUCAAGUAUCCUGAAGAGCUCCACAUCACCAGAACUUUACCCUGUGCUGCGUGUCGAGUCCUCAAUGUGAACACUCUAAAACACACUACACAACAUUAUGAUGUUGUUUCUCUUUUACACUCACUGGUUCCCAACCUGAACUUAAGUUUGACCAGAAAUAGUUUUUAUUUUUCACGCUGUGAAUGAUUUGUAGAGUCUUGGAGAAAUUAGAGGACCUAGUAAUUUCAUGGAUCAUAAGCUUAGAGCGUGCCGUUUGUCCUCUCUGCGACCUGAUUGCCACGUUGGGAACUUCUUUCCUUCUUCGUCUGCUUCUCGGCCAGUGAACUUAACAUCUUGUCAUGUAGCUCAGCUGUGAGUAGCCGAUGUGUUAUUUAAGUACAUAAGGCUGUUCCUUGAUAACCUUAUAUAUUUCUAACCAUGAAUGUAUCUGUUUUUAUUUACUUGCUGUCACAUGUUUUACAGAUUGACAGAUGAGUUUAUUUCAGCGUCUCCUCUCUCUACAUUUUGACAUUUUGUUGCUUUUUAUUUUGACAAUCAAAAAAACUCAACUGAACAUUGAUGUUUUUUUAGUAACAUUUCAUGUUUUGUCGCUCUGAGUUUGCAGAGUUUGUCUUUUUUUAACCAAAGAUUGAAUAAAAACUUUUAUAAUGACA